UUGUUGGGCGGAGGCGGGGACGGCUCGCAGUGGAGGCCUGUCGGGAAAAGUGAUCGGGGCUGAUUGGGUCUUGGGGGCUCCUCUGCCCCAAGUGCUCCUCUGUUCCCGGAGCUCGGGUCAGACCCGAGGGGCGCAGUGCGCCCCGAGGAAGGCCGGGCGGUGGUACAGAUGGAGACGCAGCUGCAGAGCAUUUUUGAGGAGGUGGUGAAAACGGAAAUUAUAGAAGAGGCUUUUCCUGGCAUGUUUAUGGAUACCCCCGAAGAUGAAAAAACAAAAUUAAUUAGCUGCUUGGGAGCAUUCAGACAAUUCUGGAGUGGUCUGUCUCAGGAAUCUCAUGAACAGUGCAUCCAGUGGAUUGUUAAAUUCAUUCAUGGCCAGCAUAGCCCUAAAAGAAUUUCAUUUCUUUAUGACUGCUUAGCAAUGGCAGUUGAAACUGGUGUUCUUCCACCCAGGAUGGUUUGUGAAUCCCUGAUAAACUCUGAUACUCUUGAAUGGGAGAGAACACAGCUUUGGGCCUUAACAUUUAAACUUGUUCGGAAAAUAAUUGGAGGAGUGGAUUAUAAGGGUGUUCGAGAUCUCUUAAAAGUGAUUUUGGAGAAAAUCCUGACAAUUCCCAAUACAGUGAGCUCAGCUGUUGUACAACAGCUUCUGGCAGCAAGGGAGGUUAUAGCCUAUAUCUUGGAAAGAAAUGCCUGCUUAUUACCAGCCUAUUUUGCUGUCACAGAGAUCAGGAAACUAUAUCCUGAGGGAAAGCUUCCACACUGGUUACUUGGAAACCUGGUCUCAGACUUUGUGGAUACAUUCAGGCCCACAGCAAGGAUAAAUUCCAUUUGUGGCCGCUGCAGCCUUUUGCCAGUUGUAAAUAACUCGGGUGCCAUUUGUAAUUCAUGGAAAUUGGAUCCUGCGACACUUCGUUUUCCUUUGAAAGGCCUUUUGCCAUAUGAUAAGGAUCUGUUUGAACCACAGACUGCUUUGUUGAGAUAUGUAUUGGAGCAGCCUUAUUCCAGGGAUAUGGUCUGCAAUAUGCUAGGUUUAAAUAAGCAGCACAAGCAGCGCUGCCCUGUGCUGGAGGACCAGUUGGUGGAUUUGGUGGUUUAUGCGAUGGAGAGAUCCGAGACUGAGGAGAAGUUUGACGAUGGGGGAACAAGCCAACUCCUAUGGCAGCAUCUCUCGAGUCAGCUCAUUUUCUUUGUGCUUUUCCAAUUUGCAAGUUUCCCACAUAUGGUCCUUUCUCUUCACCAGAAGUUAGCUGGGCGAGGACUGAUUAAAGGCAGAGAUCAUCUGAUGUGGGUUCUUCUACAAUUCAUUUCUGGAAGUAUUCAGAAAAAUGCACUAGCUGAUUUUCUCCCUGUCAUGAAGCUCUUUGACCUUCUAUACCCAGAAAAAGAAUGUAUCCCAGUUCCUGAUAUUAACAAACCCCAGUCAACACAUGCCUUUGCAAUGACCUGCAUUUGGAUUCAUCUCAACAGGAAAGCCCAAAAUGACAACUCCAAACUGCAGAUCCCAAUACCUCAUUCCCUAAAGUUUCACCAUGAAUUCCUACAGCAGAGUCUGAGAAAUAAAAGUUUGCAGAUGAAUGACUAUAAGAUAGCCCUCCUGUGUAAUGCAUACUCUACAAAUUCAGAAUGUUUCACAUUACCCAUGGGUGCUCUGGUAGAAACUAUUUAUGGAAACGGAAUUAUGAGGAUACCUCUCCCUGGAACAAGCUGUAAUGCUUCAGGAUCUAUUUCUCCCUUACCAAUGAACCUUCUGGAUUCACUGACAGUUCAUGCCAAAAUGAGCCUUAUUCACAGCAUUGCAACCAGAGUAAUAAAACUUGCUCAUGCGAAGUCCAGUGUGGCCUUGGCUCCAGCCCUAGUGGAAACUUACAGCCGUUUGUUGGUCUAUAUGGAAAUAGAAUCUUUGGGCAUCAAAGGAUUUAUCAGUCAGCUUUUACCAACUGUUUUCAAGUCUCAUGCAUGGGGGAUCUUACACACACUUCUUGAGAUGUUCAGCUACCGGAUGCACCACAUACAGCCUCAUUACAGAGUUCAGCUCCUGAGUCAUCUUCAUACUUUGGCUGCUGUUGCACAAACCAACCAGAACCAACUCCACCUCUGUGUUGAAAGCACUGCACUGAGGCUUAUAACAGCAUUAGGUAGCUCAGAGGUACAGCCACAGUUUACACGCUUCCUUAGUGAUCCCAAAACCGUGCUGUCUGCAGAAUCAGAAGAACUGAACCGAGCCUUGAUAUUGACCUUAGCUAGAGCAACUCAUGUAACAGAUUUUUUUACAGGCUCUGAUUCAAUUCAGGGAACUUGGUGUAAAGACAUACUUCAGACCAUCAUGAGUUUUACGCCUCAUAAUUGGGCUUCUCACACCCUUAGUUGUUUUCCAGGCCCACUACAGGCAUUCUUCAAACAAAAUAAUGUACCUCAGGAAAGUCGUUUUAAUCUGAAAAAAAAUGUGGAGGAGGAAUAUAGGAAGUGGAAGUCAAUGAGCAAUGAAAAUGACAUCAUUACCCACUUUUCUAUGCAAAGCUCUCCUCCUCUCUUCCUUUGUCUUCUUUGGAAAAUGCUCUUGGAAACAGAUCAUAUUAAUCAGAUUGGGUAUAGAGUAUUGGAGAGAAUUGGAGCCAGGGCCUUAGUAGCCCAUGUGAGAACAUUUGCUGAUUUCCUGGUAUAUGAGUUCUCUACAUCAGCUGGGGGUCAGCAGCUCAACAAAUGCAUUGAAAUUCUUAAUGACAUGGUAUGGAAGUAUAACAUCGUUACAUUGGACAGGUUAAUUCUCUGCCUGGCCAUGCGUAGUCAUGAAGGAAAUGAAGCCCAGGUUUGUUACUUCAUAAUUCAGUUGCUGUUACUCAAACCAAAUGAUUUUAGAAAUCGAGUAAGUGACUUUGUGAAGGAAAAUUCCCCAGAGCACUGGCUACAGAAUGACUGGCACACCAAGCACAUGAAUUAUCACAAGAAAUAUCCAGAGAAGCUCUAUUUUGAGGGCCUGGCGGAACAGGUCGACCCUCCUGUGCAGAUCCAGUCCCCCUAUCUGCCUAUCUAUUUCGGAAAUGUUUGUCUCCGAUUCCUUCCAGUAUUUGAUAUAGUAAUCCACAGAUUUUUAGAGUUGCUUCCAGUAUCCAAGUCACUGGAAACUCUACUGGAUCACCUAGGAGGCUUAUACAAAUUUCAUGAUCGUCCGGUGACUUAUUUGUAUAAUACGCUGCACUAUUAUGAAAUGCACCUGAGAGACCGUGCAGGUCUCAAACGCAAACUUGUCCACGCAAUCAUUGGCUCACUCAAGGAUAAUCGACCUCAGGGCUGGUGUCUGAGUGACACUUACCUAAAGAACGCUAUGAAUGCACGAGAAGACAAUCCUUGGAUUCCAGAUGACACCUACUAUUGCAAAUUGAUUGGCAGACUGGUAGAUACGAUGGCUGGCAAAUCUCCUGGUCCAUUCCCAAAUUGUGACUGGAGAUUCAAUGAGUUUCCCAACCCAGCAGCGCAUGCACUGCAUGUGACGUGUGUGGAGCUCAUGGCCUUGGCUGUUUCAGGUGAAGAUGUUGGAAAUGCUCUUCUAAAUGUUGUUCUUAAAAGUCAGCCUUUAGUUCCAAGAGAGAACAUCACAGCAUGGAUGAAUGCAAUUGGACUAAUCAUCACUGCCCUACCAGAGCCAUAUUGGAUUGUCCUUCACGAUCGAAUUGUGAGUGUUAUCAGCAGUCCUAGCUUGACAUCUGAGACAGAGUGGGUUGGCUAUCCGUUCCGCCUGUUUGAUUUCACCGCUUGUCAUCAGUCCUACUCCGAAAUGAGCUGUAGCUACACCUUAGCGCUAGCACAUGCUGUGUGGCACCAUUCUAGCAUUGGGCAGCUUUCCCUCAUUCCCAAGUUUCUCACUGAAGUACUUCUCCCUAUAGUAAAGACUGAAUUUCAGUUGCUUUAUGUGUACCAUCUUGUGGGACCAUUUUUACAAAGAUUUCAACAAGAGAGAACUCGAUGCAUGAUAGAGAUUGGUGUGGCAUUUUACGACAUGCUGCUCAAUGUGGACCAGUGUAGCACCCAUUUAAAUUACAUGGAUCCCAUUUGUGACUUCCUGUAUCAUAUGAAGUAUAUGUUUACUGGAGACAGCGUAAAAGAGCAAGUAGAGAAGAUUAUCUGUAAUUUAAAACCAGCUUUAAAGCUUCGUCUUCGAUUCAUCACACACAUAAGCAAGAUGGAACCAGCCGCGGUACCUCCACAAGCCAUUAACAGUGGGUCUCCAGCAUCUCAAUCUAAUCAGGUGCCAGUGACCUUACCAGUAACCCAGUGAGGUCAAGGUGGCAAAAAAGGAAAUACAUCGUCUUCAAAAGAGGAUUUAAAGCUACUAAAUCUGAACAUCAUUAUGCCACAUAGUGUUACAGUAGAGGGAAUGAUGUUCAGAUUGUUUGAUUUUGAUUCAAAUGUUGAAUCUGUUGAUACCUACUCCCGUCUCCCUAUUAUAUUUUUGUCUCUAAGAGAUCAAGUACGCUAUAUGUUCAUAUCCUUACCAAUUUAUUAAAACUACCUAGGAACGUGGAGCUAUCUGUGAUCAAAUAACUUUUUACAAGACACUGUCCAUCUUUCCUAUUCUAGUCUUUCCUAUUCCUAUUCAUUGGUUUUGGUUUUAUUUUUUAUUAUUAAUGACAUAUUCGAUCUUCAAAUAAAUUGUUUAUACUACAUGUGUAAAAUAGUUAUUACAAGUUCUUUUAUACAUAAAUCACUGUUGAUACAUCUUUCAGAUUAAGAGAUUUUUGUCAAGUACAGUAUUCUAGAUUGCAUUCCAGGAACAAACAUAGUUGUAUAUUUUUAAAAUGGCUUAAAAUUUUUAUCAUAGACUUCCAAGUAAAUGGAUUAAUGUUUCUGUCAAGAUAGAGUGACAAUGUUUGCCUUUGCUGUGGUCUUGAACUUACUGUAUGAAAUGAGUCAGGAGCCAUGUGAAGAAAUAGCAUAGCUGGAAAUGCAUCAUUUAAUAAAAUCAUGCUUAAAUGGCAAUUAUUCAUUCUCUUUUAAAAAUAAAUUGAUUGCUUUUCAGUUUGAAACUGUUACCUGGCAGAUGAUGAGACAUUCUUGGAAUUUUCAUGAUCUUAAAACUUUUAAAUAUUUAUAUUUUUAAGUAUAGUAUGCAUUUUGGUUCUUUGGGAUUUAUUAGAUUUUGAGAGACAUGCUGUUAAUUUGAAAGGAAAAUGGCAUUAAGAUUGUAAAAUAUUUGAAAAGUAAUUAGUAAAAUCUAUUGAAUAAAUUAAACUGUCUGAUUAUUGAAUUUGAAUGGGUGUCUGUGUGUGCCAGGCAGUGUGCUGACAGGAUUGUAAAGAACUGGCUAUUUGCAUGAGUUGUACACUACAAUUGGUAACUGCCAUUGA